AUGGCCAUCAGCUCGGCCGUCUUCUACGGCGGCGCCGCGUGGCUGCUGGCCCUCGCUGCCGAAGCCAUCUCCGUGGCCUCCCUCUCCAAGCUGCACAACGACUGUAACGACUCGGUGGCCUUCGAGCUGGCCGACGGGAGCUGCGCGGAUAGCUUCCGUCCCACGUGGUGGGCCCUCAUGUUCCAGCUGGCCGUCCUUGCGGCGAUCCUGGCGGUGGCCUGCCUGAAAUGGAUCAGAUUCUUUCGGGUGGCCCUGGUGUUCAUGCUCGUCAUGGCAGCCUCGGUGGUGAUGGACCAGGCGGAGGCCACGCUGGCGGGGCGGGACGCCCGGCGCUGGCGGGAGAUCGAGUCCAAGGAGGAGGCCUUCGACGGCAUGCUGGCGGGGCUGAUCCUGCUGUCGGUCGCGGACUGGGUGAUGGUGUUCGUGAUCGGGACCAUGGGGUUGGCGCGGGCCAAGGGGGUGCCGCGCCCCGGCCUCGCGCAGGCCGCGGAGUAG